UGCGCGAGAUUUAAGUGAUUGUUUGGUGAAAAUUGAAAAAUAAUUGUCGUAUCAUACUAUUUAGCAGAGAAAACAAUAAUCCAGAAUACCGACCUUAAGCGGUGAUUCCGAAGUCAGUGCAGGUUGAACAAAAUUCUUCAUAGUUGGUACAGAAACCUUGUUCCCUCUACCUAUAGGGAUGCCGUCCAAGAAGAAAAAGUACAAUGCACGAUUUCCGGCGGGAAGAAUCAAGAAGAUUAUGCAGACAGAUGAAGAAGUCGGAAAAGUGGCUCAAGCAGUUCCUGUUAUAAUCUCUCGGACGUUGGAGCUUUUCGUGGAAUCAUUGCUAACCAAAACUCUUCGCAUCACUAAUGCACGAAAUGCUAAAACUUUAUCACCAUCGCACAUGAAGCAGUGCAUCAUUUCUGAGAACCGGUUUGACUUUUUGCGUGAUUUAGUGAAAAACAUCCCCGAUAUCGGAGUUAACGAAGAGCAACAUUCUGGUUCUGAGACCGGCUUUGGAAACGAAACAGCAGUUUCUCCUGCUUCUACAUCAACGUCUUCAUCGAAUGGCGGUAGUAAUGUGAAUGCUAAUGCAUGUGCAAAUGAAGCGGCAAGCAGCGCUACAUCCAGUGGUUCGGUACUGCAAAGAUCGGAGUCUUAUGCAGCAGCAGGAAAUAACUAUGCAAGCGUUUUGAUGAGUCAAACAAAGCAGUCGAUCCUAGUUCAGCAACAACAACCGCUGGAAACUAAUACGAUGAAGCGAACACUAAAUCACACUAAUAGUUUGAAUUUCUAUAAAGAAAUCUCGAUGGAGGAUUCGGUAGGGAGUGGCAGUGCCACUGCUAGUAGUGUGAGAGAACCCCCACUGAAACUGAGCAGGUUACAUUCAGCACCAGCUGGGACCACAAUAACAACAACGAAUUCGCCUCCUUUUAAAAUUGAUAUAUUGCCCAAGGCAGAUACUACGCCUGCAACGACAGGCGUGAACCAAACUAAUCUACAGAAACAGACUAUUGUAAGUAGUGGUAAUGCAUCUGGUAGUAGUAGCUUCAAGAUUACCUACAAAAUCGGAGAAAUAACCGCAGGCUCUUCGGGAACGGCUGCGACUAAAUCUGCAAAACUCGAUCAAUCAGUAAUCAAGCUGGACUAUUCCAAUCUGCAACUGCCAAUGACGUUGGCUACUAGCGAAAUAGUGCAGCAACCAAAACCUGCUGUUCACGUCCGGUCGCAUCAACUGCAGCCAACAAUCAAGAUUGACCUCAGCAAUAUUACCAACUUUAGUUCCAAGACGGUACAGCCAGGAAGUGCUAUGAGCAUUAAGCAAGUGCCUUCAACGCCCACUGCCAGCACACCCUCGACACCACUGUCUGCCCUGAGCAGUGCCUCUUCAACAGCUUCUUCGUCUACCGCGUCGAGUAAUAAAAGCCCAUAUAUUUUUCAACAAACUACAGCUGGCUGCUCCUCGGCCACACAACAGGCCUCAUCUUCGACUUCUGCGGCGGGUUCCGGUGUAGUACCGCUGUACGCUGCAGCGUUUUCUGCGAUUCCCGGAAUGGAUGAAGACUAUGACGAUAUCUAAUUCUUUACAUUUGCGUAGUGUAGAGUAAGUAGAGGUUUUGCUAGUUAACAGGUUUAAUGGCUACUUCUUUCGCCGAUUCGAAUGCAUUUAUAGUACAUAUAUUAUACAUGCAUAUCCUUUUUUCUGUUUCCCAUCACGCGACGGAUCGUUGAGUCGCUGUAUGUUACACUAAACUUUCCAAACUAAUCUUGAUAAAAUAUGAUGUACAGAAGACGCUGUUUUAUAAUUGCUACCUUAUAAAAGUAAGUCAUUUGUUUUAACUUGCAAGCUUCAUUGCAACCUGAGAAGCAAAAAUAUGCAAGCUUUAGUUUAAUUUCAUAAAGUUUUUAAACUAACGUCGUGUUCUGCAGUAGCACAUGACUGCAGCGGAGUGAAAACUACGAGCAUUUCGUACCUAUUAAGUUGUAGUGUGCUAGGAUUUUUUCCGAGGUGAUUAUUUUUCAGAUUUGUCACACACACCCACAGAUCACACAUACACAACACACACGCGUACAGGCACGAACUAGCGUUUGACUUUUUGAGUCACUUUGUACAACAACC